AUGAACCAUCAAAAUAUAUUUGCAAAUGAAUCAAAUAAACAGUUAGGUAGGUGUAUUAUCUUACCUCCUGAAGUUGAGAAAGAAUUAGUUGAACAUGUUUUGAAACUGGAAUCUUGUAUGUUUGGAAUAAUUACAAUAGAUCUUAGACGAUUAGCAUUUGAAAUGGCUGAAAAAAACAAAAUUCCUCAUCAAUUCAACAAAGAUGUUGGUAUGGCUGGAAAGAAGUGGUAUUACCAAUUCAUGAAACGCAAUCCAAGCCUUAGUUUGAGAUUACCUGAACCAACUUCUAUGGCAAGAGCCACAGAUUUGCUUUACAACGUAAAUGAAACUGGAAUAAGUACAGUUCACAAACUAAGGAAAGUUUUAGCUCUGAAAGGUAAACACCAAGUAGGAGGUAUUACAAGUGGUGAAAGGGGUGUGAAUACCACUGCCAUAUGUUGUAUGAAUGCUGUUGGAUCUUUUGUACCUCCUAUGCUUAUAUUUAAACGUAAAAGAUUUAAAAAUGAGCUUAAAGAUGGUGCACCAUCAUUGACAGUUUUUGGAUGUUCUGAUACUGGUUGGAUAACUAAAGAUUUAUUUACUUUGUGGAUAAGUCAUUUUAUAAGCUCACUUUGUCUUAAACCUCUUGCAGAAAAUCCAGAACAAAAAAAAUUUCUUCUUAUACUUGACGGGCAUUCAACACAUACAAAAAACCUUGAAGCCUUAAUUCUAGCUCGAGAUCACGGAACAGUAAUGCUUUCUUUGCCAUCGCAUACGACUCAUAGGCUACAACCUUUAGAUAGAUCUUUUUUCAAAGCUUUAAAUUCUAAAUAUAAUACUGCUUGUGAUAAAUGGAUGCGAACCCAUCUCAAUUGUUUGGCGAAGCUUACUCAAAAGUUGUUGGUAUGGAAAUUGCUAUUAAUGGAUUUAGAGACACUGGGAUAUGACCGGUAG